UCAUUUACCGCGUGGCCACACUACUCUUAAACCCUCGAAAACCAAAUGAAGUGCAGUUGAUGAAACGCGCGGCGCUCGCGCAGACGGCUCCGUAAUUCAAUAAUGGCGCGAAUCCCAAUUACGCUAGCCGUCUUCUCGGCAACGAUUUUGGCCGCAAACAUAGUAGCAGGAAUUCCUGGCGAUGCAGCGGUACCAAAAUCAAAGAAGGUGCUGGAUACCUUCAUGACCCCAAAUUAUAUACCAGUGGAAGAAAAACAUGGUUCCUAUUGGAAAAAAUCAGCUGCCCAAACUUUGAAAGCCAAAUUAGCUGAGAAACCAAACACGAAUAAAGCAAAGAAUGGAAUCCUGUUUAUUGGUGAUGGAAUGUCUUUGGCCACUGUCAUGGCAGCCAGAACAUUCUCUGGACAACUGGACCAAGGUCUUGGCGAAGAGUCUGUGCUGAAUUUCGAGACUUUUCCAGUCAGCGGAUUGGCGAGGACAUAUUGCUUAGACGCGCAGGUACCUGAUUCGGCGUGUACUGCCACCUCGUAUCUGACCGGCGUGAAGACGAAAUACGGUGUUAUCGGCCUUGAUGGCAACGUCACAAGAGGUUCCUGUUAUUCUCAACUUCAUGAGCCAAACUGGGCCGAAUCUAUUGGCCAAUGGGCUCUGGACCAGGGACUCGAUGUUGGCAUAGUCACGACAACGCGGGUAACUCAUGCUUCGCCAGCGGGAAUGUAUGCCCAUUCUUCGGAGAGAAACUGGGAAUCAGAUGCCGAUGUACCAGAAGAAUGCUUGGCUGCUGGCUGCAGGGAUAUAGCGUACCAACUCGUCACCAGCAGCCCUGGAAGACAUUUUAAGGUCAUCAUGGGCGGUGGUCGUAGGGAAUUCCUUCCGAACACCACAAACAUUUUAGGCAGUAAAGGGAGAAGGCUGGAUGGCGUGGACCUUACGGAACUGUGGCAUGUCGACAAACUCAACAAGAAUGCGACUCAUCAAUACGUCACGGACAGAUUGGAACUAUUAAAGGUAUUUAAUUCAGACGACUUGCCGGAGUACCUGUUGGGUUUGUUCAGGGACGAUCACAUGGAGUACCAUCUGAAAGCUCAGAACCAGCCGUCUCUCGAAGAAAUGGUGGAAGUGGCCAUCAAGAUGCUGAGCAGGAGCUCUAAAGGAUAUUUCUUAUUUGUUGAAGGUGGAAGAAUUGAUCACGCACACCACGAAAGCUUAGCUCAUUUAGCACUGGACGAAACGGUUGAAUACUCAAAAGCUGUGAAGAAAGCGAGAUCUCUGACCAGUGAGGAAGAUACCCUGAUUGUUGUCAGUGCUGACCACGCUCAUACAAUGACAGUUGCUGGGUACCCGUCAAGGGGCAACGAUAUCCUUGGAAUAGUGGACACAGCUAAUGGAAUGGAUGGAAAACCCUAUACUACUAUAAGCUAUGCGAAUGGAAAAGCUCAGUCGAUUGGAGCGGAUGGGAGAGUUGAUGUCACCAAGGAUAAUCAAUUUACGUCUCGUGAUCCGGACUACAUCUAUCCGAGCUUGGUGCCUUUGGAUUCGGAGACUCACGGAGGGGAGGAUGUGGCUGUGUACGCAUCAGGACCGUGGCAGCAUCUCUUCACUGCCAGCUACGAGCAGAACCUAGUCCCACAUUUAAUGGCUUACGCCAUGUGUAUCUCAGAAGACCAGCAUGGGAACUGUGGACCAGAAAUCCACAAAUACACCGCCAGUGGUGUCACCACUUAUCCUAGUGGCAACCUACUAAUAACUUUAACUGUGAUAUUUACUUUAAGGAUAUUUUAUUAGGUAAACAAAAAUACUUAAUUUUUUAUUUAAAUUUAAUAGUACGAUUUGAAGAUUUCCGAACACGAAGCAGUUUGAAUAUCAUAACCUAUAGUUCGAAUUUAAAAAAAGAAUGAGAAAAGUUAUUUAAAAUAUUGCUGACUCAUGCGUCAAUUUAUUUAUUUCAAAAUUCGAGUUAAACUCAACUAGAUUUAAGUCACACUACGCUCUGCACUGUCCGUGCGCAACUAAUAGUUUCGCUUCUUUACAAUGCUUUACGUGAGUAAGUUUUAUUUUAAAUAAUUU